CUUUGCGGAUGAGAUCAUUUCACGCCUGGAGCUGGGAGCCAAGCUUUGUGCGGGACGGACCACGCCCCGGCCCCGGCGUGCGGUGCACCAGGCUAGGUUAGCACGCAGCUGCUACAUCCGGGCGCUCUGCUCAGUUUACAAGCCCUGCGAAGAUGGCGACGUCAGGGAGGAGUGCAUUAUUAUCCUCCACCUUAACUGGACCUAAGAGCACACUGGAGAACUCCAACCCUGAGGAGGAUGAUGGGCAGAAUUUAUGGUCCACCAUCCUGAGUGAAGUGUCAACCCAUUCAAGAUCAAAGCUACCGUCUGGGAAAAAUGUCCUGGUUAUGGGUGAGGUGGGCUCGGGGAAGACCACCUUGGUUGCAAAACUACAGGGUGUCGAGGAGUACAUGAAAGGGCGUGGCCUGGAAUACCUCUACUUCAGUGUCCAUGACGAUGAUAUUGAUGACCACACUAGGUGUAAUGCCUGGGUCUUAGAUGGAGACCUUUACCACAAAGGUCUGCAGGGCGUAGCUGUGCCAGUGGACUCGAUUGGCAACACGUUGUUGCUGAUAACGGUUGACAUGUCGCGGCCGUGGAACGCCCUGGACUCCCUCCAGAAGUGGGCUGCCGUCGCUAGGGAACACAUCGACAAACUCCGGGUCGCCCCGGAAACACUGCGGGAGCUGGAGCACAGACUUGUAAAACAGUUCCAGGAGUACACAGAGCCCGGCAGUGGGGAGGAUGGCACCCCACAGAGGAGGAGUGAAGAGGAGGAGAGCGUGCUGCUACCAUUAGGAGACAACACACUCACACACAACCUGGGCAUACCAGUGGUUGUGGUCUGCACCAAGUGUGACGCCAUCAGCACUUUGGAGAAGGAGCACGACUACAGAGACGAACACCUGGACUUCAUCCAGUCCCACAUCAGGCGUUUUUGUCUGCAGUACGGUGCCUCUCUGGUUUACACGUCAGUGAAGGAGAUGAAGAACCUGGACAUCCUCUACAAAUAUCUGGUCCACAGACUCUAUGGCUUUCCCUUCCACUGCCCCGCACAAGUGGUGGAAAGAGACGCUGUCUUCAUUCCAUCAGGUUGGGACAAUGAGAAAAAGAUUGCCAUACUUCACGAGAACUUCCAGACAGUAAAAGCAGACGACAGCUUUGAAGACGUAAUAGUCAAACCACCAGUCAGAAAGAUUGUACAUGAAAAGGAGAUUCAGGCAGAAGAUGACCAAGUGUUUCUGGUAAAACUGCAGUCGCUGCUCGCCAAACAGCCCGCUGUGACAGCAGGGCGACCCGUGGAUACCACUAGCAGAGCACCCACUGGCUCCCCCAGGACGAGUAAUCGUUCUGCAGCGGCCAACGUAGCAAACACCAUGCCACAGUCAGGUCAGACCAGUGAGGGUGUGUUGGCAAACUUCUUUAACAGUCUACUGACAAAGAAGGCGGGUACAGGGGGGCCCGGGACGCCAGGUGGUGGUAACAACACUCCAGGAACUGUACGCAAGUCAGACAUGAACAUAACACAUGGUUCCAAGCUGGGCCUGAGCGAUGUACAGGCGGAACUGGACCGCAUAUCAAGCCGGGAGACUGACUCGGACUUGUCCAAUGCCAACGAGACCCCU